UUUGUGUGUUGUUUUUCAGGGGUUUUGUGUGCAUCAUCACAAACGUAGCCUCUAAAUGAGGUAAAACUCCAGUAAACUACACUCAGUUUGCGGCAAUGCACGUCACGUACGCUGAGAAAGGUUUACGCAUCUUGGGCUUCCCCUGCAACCAGUUCGGAAAGCAGGAGCCUGGAAGUGAAGCGGAGAUUAAGGAGUUUGCUAAAGGCUACAAUGCAGAGUUUGAUCUGUUCAGUAAGAUCGAUGUGAAUGGAGACUCAGCUCAUCCUCUCUGGAAGUGGAUGAAGGAGCAGCCCAAAGGCAGAGGAACGCUGGGGAACAACAUCAAGUGGAAUUUCACCAAGUUCCUCAUUGAUCGAGAAGGUCAGGUUGUAAAGAGGUACGGACCAAUGGAUGAUCCAAGUGUGGUGGAGAAGGAUCUUCCCAAGUACCUGUAGCGUGUGUAUGCUGCGGCGUCUCCGUCCACUGUGUUUGGACUCUUUCUUUC